ACAAAAGCGCCAGGACUCCAUCCACCAUGGCUGCAGCCUCACAAUCAACAGAUGUGGAAUGGGAAGCCACGUGCCCCAUCUGCAGAGAGUAUCUGACAGACCCAGUGACUCUGGACUGCGGCCACAACUACUGUCUGGGCUGCAUCACAAACUACAGAGAGAUAUGGGAAGAACAGGGUGGGGACUUGGGGUGUUCCAUCUGCAGAGCCCCGAUACAGAAUGAGGACUUCCGGCAAAAUUGGCAGCUGGCAAAUAUAGUAGAACAAAUUAAACUCCUGCCACUACAUCUAGAAAUAGAGAGCCUGUGUUUGAGACACAAGGAAAAACUCCGUCUGUUCUGUAAAGAAGAUGAAGUUCUGGUGUGCUGGAAGUGUAAGUGCUCCCCGGAACAUAAUUCACACACUGUUCUUCUGAAGGAAGAGGCUGCCCAGGAACACAAGGAACUGAUCCGUCGUCGCCUGGAGAGUCUGAGGAACGAGAGAGGGAGAAUUCUGGCAAAUCAAGCAGACACAGAAAAGGAAAAUGAAGACCUGCUUAAGAAAACAAGAGUAGAGAAGGAAAAGACAGUGGCUGUGUUCAGACAGCUACAUCAGUUUCUGGAGGAACAAGAGCAGCUUCUGCUGGUCCAGAUGGAAGAGGUGGAGAAGGAGAUUGCUAGGAGAAGGGAGAAGCACCAGGCCAGACUCUCUGAAGAACUCUUCUCUCUUGAACGUCUCAUCCAGGAGAUGGAGGAGAAGUGUCAGCAGCCAGCAGGUGAACUCCUGCAGGACGUGAGAAGCACCUUGCUGAGGAGUGAGAAGGAGACAUUUGAGAAUCCAGUAGCUUUCCCUCCAGAGCUGAAGUGGAGGAUCUGGGACUUCCGUGAAAUUAAUCCCUUUCUGGAGGGUGUCAUGGAGCAAUUCAAAGAUGUGCUGCUAACUCGACUACCUCUGAUGAAAGCAAACGUCACUCUGGAUCCAGACACAGCUCAUCCCAGGCUCAUCCUGUCUGAGGACCAUAAAAGCGUCAGAUGGGGAGACAAACAGCAAGAUGUGCCCGACAAUCCUGAGAGAUUUGAAAAACGUCCUUUUGUCCUGGGACGUGAGGGAUUCACGGCAGGCAGACAUUUCUGGGAAGUCAGUGUGGGAAGUGAGGAAUACUGGGCUGUGGGGGUCGCCAGAGAGUCUGUGAGGAGAAAAGGCCCGAUUGGACUUAGUCCUGAGGAAGAGAUGUGGGUUGUGGAGUAUGUUGGAGGUCUAUACUGGGCUUCCAACCCCCCUCAUUUCCCUCGUCUGUCCCUGAGUGAGGAGCUCAAGAGGAUCCGAGUGAUUCUGAACUGUGCUGGGGGACGGGUGUCCUUUUAUGAUGCUGACAGAGGGACCCUCCUCUACGCCUUCUCUGGAGACUCCUUUGCAGGAGAGACUCUUCUGCCCUUCUUUCAUGUAUGGGGAAAAGGCCACCUCAGCAUCUCUCCUUAAGGCAGCUCAGAGCCUUCCUCACUCUCCCUCCUCUCCACACCAGACUGGUUACUCUAAGCACCAAACCUCCCUUUGUCAAGAGCCCCUUUUCCCCUUCUGCAAAGGCCCCCUGAGAGGCCUCCAGUCACAGACACCAGAACUACAUGGACUAAAAUGGUGCCUGAUUUCCUCCCUCCCUUUUCCCGGACUUCUCUCAUCUCUUACUUCUUAAAGAGACAAAAGCCCAUGAAUAAUCCAGACCAACACUUUUUUUAACUACACUCCUUCCAUGACCUUCAGUCUAUGUUUCAUUUUCCAUUUUCCUUGUUUCCCUCUCCACAAUAUUUUCAUUAUAUCCUUAGAUGGAAAACCCACCACAAAAACUCUCUCUCUCUCUCUCUCUCUCUUUGCACAAACACACACACACUGGUGCAUUGUUCCUUGUCAGAGAUCCUGAUGUGACAUUCUUGCCAAAGUCUCCAUAUCCCAAAAGGCCUCUCAUUCUGCUGUUUCACGAAGACAAAUGCAUCUUCCAUGUGAUUUCCAUUGAGAAUGUCCUGUGGGUGGGCUUGGAUUCAGCAAGUCCAGGGAAAUUGCUAUUAUAGAGAGCUAAUAUGUCCACCUUCGUUAUUUUCAUUAAAUAAAAUAAGUUAUAGCCUUGGGAACAA